AUGAUUUACAACAUUGUUUUGUAUCACAUUUACAACACACAUGGUCAUAGAAUAAGUCAGUGGAACAAUACAAUUCUAGGUCUUGUGAGUCUGGAGAGGUAUGCUGAAGCUAUCCAUAACAAAGGUGCAGCACUGGAUAACUGUAUAGGGUUCAUAGAUGGAACUGUGAGACUAAUCUGUCGUCCCGGGGAAUUACAAAGAGUCGUCUACAAUGGUCACAAGCGGGUUCACGCACUAAAAUUGCAAUCAUUUACCUUGCCUAAUGGUAUGAUUGCAAAUAUGUACGGGCCUGUAGAAGGAAGAAAACACGAUGCCGGUAUGUUGGCAGAUUCCGGACUACUCAAUGAUCUACAGCGCUUUGCAUUUUCUUCCACUGGUCAACCCAUGUGCCUUUACGGUGACCCUGCCUACCCUCUUCGUAUCCACCUGCAAGUUCCCUUCAGGAACGCAGUUCUAACUCCUGCCAUGCAAGCCUUCAAUUCCUCCAUGAGUGCUGUGCGUGAAUCGGUAGAAUGGCUCUUUGGCGACAUUGUGAACUAUUUUAAAUUUAUGGAUUUUCAUAAGAAUUUAAAAAUUGGUCUAAGCUCCGUGGGGAAAACGUACAUUUCAGUGCUCUAUUUCGCAAUGCCCUUAAUUUCUUUAAUGGAAUUCAAACUUCAGAAUUUUUUGAUCUAG